UCAAGCUUUCAAGUCCGGAGCUACCUUUUCCUUCACAAACAACUGCAUCAAAUGACGUAAUUACCCUCAAAAAGAAGCAAAAUUCCAGGAUUUUAUUUGGUUUUCUACCAAUGCAAGACUCACUAUCAGCCCUGCAAAGGCGAAUAAGAAAGCCGAGAAGGAGAUUAUCUUCAAGUUACCCUGAACUUAACGUUCCAAUAACUGCCUUUAUUUGGAUUUGUGCCGUAGGAAUGGGUCUAGCUGGAUUUUCGUGCGUCAGUGGACCCUGCGUCAACGGUAUCUGCAUCGAUAAAUUUAACAGCUCGUAUUCGUGCUACUGUGAGGACGGCUAUACAGGUUACGAAUGCCAGACAAACUGGGAUGAAUGUUGGUCCUCGCCGUGCCUCAACCAGGCGACGUGUGUGGAUGGUGUCGCGCAGUUCUACUGCGUCUGCGCACCGGGUUUUACUGGGGAGCUUUGCGGCGCUGAGAUCAACGAGUGCAUGAGCAAUCCUUGCCAGAACGGCGGAACCUGCGACGACCUGCUCGACAAGUACCAGUGUACCUGCGUACCGGGCUACACAGGAGCCAACUGUGAGCGCGACCUGAGCGUGUGCAACACUUCGGUGGCGGGUGAGGCGCGCUGCCUCCACGGCGGCCGCUGCGUUGACGGGCCUGCGCUCGAGUACUCCUGCGUCUGCGGCGACGGCUGGUCGGGGCGUCGCUGUGAGGUCGACGUAGACGAGUGCGCCGCGCGUCCGUGCCUGCACGGCGGCGUCUGCGUGAACGCGCCUGGCAGCUUCGCCUGCGCCUGCCAGCACGGAUACACAGGAGUGCUGUGUGAGACUCAAGUCGUGUUCUGCGAGUCGUCUUUAUGUCGCAACGGCGGCGUGUGCAUCACGGAGAGCGGAAACGCGACCUGCUACUGCGUGCCAGACUUCCACGGAGCUGAGUGCCACCUUCAGUAUAACGACUGCCUUCCUCACGCCCCAAGAUGCCUGAACGGCGGCACCUGCAUUGAUGGCGUUGACAGUUUCGCUUGCAGCUGCUCGCCUCAGAACUCUGGAGUUUUGUGCCAAUGCGACGAAAAUGGCGAGAAUUGCCAGGAGCUUCCAUCUUGGUUUCAAGACCGUCCCUAUAGACCAAUUAUCAGCGACAAACGUUUUGAUCCUUUCCUUAACACUUCCUUGGACGCGACCUUUGAGCCUCCCGACGACGGAAGUGGUUUAAUUUCUACGGUUUAUUUCAAGACUGAACAAGUCACUACUGUCACGGAACCUAUCACCGUGCGUAAGCCAGAUCUCACUCCGACACCCACAAUGCUCAGCGACUUCCCCAGUGUUUAUACUGUAUCAUGGACACCCAAAUUUCCAACUGCGUCCACUGAAAAAGAUCGAUUUGAUAAUGCAACAAUCAUGUCAGACGCUCCAGAUGGCUAUGUCAAACCCACAUCAACUAUAGUUCUCGAUUUAACAACUGUGCUAUCAACUUCUUCCGAUUACUCUUCAACGACUGACGUUAUAACUUCUCAGGUUUCUGAUGGUUUCUCUACCAGCACAGUGGCUGACUGUGAGGACACCACUCAAACACCGGUGGAGGGAGGAUUUGAACGUGUAACUAUUUCGACAUUAGAUUUUACUUCCCCCACUGUCACCUACGCGACGGAAACCUUGCUUCCAGAAUCUACAUCCGAGUUCUCACAAGAAGAGACAACAUCAGAAAAAAUAUUUUCCACCACUGAUCUGACAACGUACACCACGUUUCCAACUUACACGCCCGAUCUCGCGCUUGCCACCGACUUAGAAAAUGUCACUUCCUCGACAACCACGGACGCGUUAGGUGAUGAAAAUUCGACUGAGUACUCCACUGUAACACAAGAAAUUACUGCAUAUACUGAGACAACUAGUGAUGCUCAGCAAUUCACAGAAUCAGCUUCAACACCGUCAGUUGAACUCACGGACACGACUGACGCUCCUGAAAAUAUUACUUUAGAUUCAAAAAAUUUCGUGAUGAGUGUCUCAACAGAAGAAACCAGCUCUGUUACAUUGAGUACUAUCGCCAUUACUGAGAAUGCUACAGAUUACACUUCUUUAACACCCGAUUCCACUUACGAAACACCUGAUUUCACUUCCCAAUUUGUUCCUUCUUCCGAUGUCAUCUCUCUCAUAGAUGUUGAUGCGACCACUUCGAUCGCCACCCACUCGACUAGUGAGGUAGAAACGACAUCUGUCAUAGGUCAGGAAUCAAUAUCUACUGAUGCCUUUGAUUCUGCUUUGUUGACAACGUUCACAGUUUCUCCCAAAGUGACCAUUACAGAAGACACCACUACCUCUAGUAGUGUGGAACCAACGUCGAUCAGUGAAUUUCCGACACCUGACGAUGCUGGAGUGACAGAUUUCACAUCUACUGAGUCUCCGAUUUUCUCGCUGACCCAAGGUCCCGGGUUAGGAUUCACUGCUCUACCUAUCACUACUGAAGACCCGGAUAUUUCUACUUCUCAGCCUGAUACAUCUUCUGCAUUUACAUAUUCAAGCUCAACAGCUACCGCAGCAACAACUAUAACAUCAUCUGAAGAUUUUACAACGAUAAAAACUGAGGAAGAGACGACUGAUUUGCCAUCAACUGAGAAAGUCACAGACUUGGAGACGUCGACUCUUAUUCCGACGACCGACUCAUCUUCCACUGUCGUGCCUAUGAUUUGCGACAAAAAUUGCCAAAAUGGAGGCUCGUGCAUCUUUGUGAACAAUUUUGCAGCGUGUCGCUGCCCCUUCAACUACACGGGCGCGUACUGUGAAGCGUACCACUACGUUACGGUGCCGCGGUUUACUGGGUCUUCUUAUCUGAAAGUGAAGCCCAGCAGCCCUCUAGACCUUAGGAACGGAGUCCAGGUCUACAUCGGAUUCACAUCGACGGCAGCCAACGGCCUUGUGCUAUACGGCGAGGCAGAUGCCCACGGUUCGUUCCUGAUGUUGCUCAUGCGCAACAGCCACCUGACGUUCGUCUUCAGCUGCGGUGUGCAGAUGGUGUCUUUCCUACAGUCCAACGACAGGAUCCCUCCUGCUGUCACCCUACACGUAUCCUUCAAGCUGUGGUGGACUCCGUACGAAGCGCGGCUACCGUGGGGCGCCGGCAAGUGCAGUGCGUCACUACAGGUGAACGACUCUGCCCCGCUGUACAGCGAGCAAGAGUCGCACUCCAGUCACGUGGUGCUACAGUCGCUGUACCUGGCCGGACUCCCGACCCACUUUCCCACCAAGUGGGUCGUCAAGGCUGGCCUCCAGCCCAGGCUCGAGGGCUGCAUCCGGACGCUUGAGAUUGACGGACUAGAACUGGACAUGUGGCGGGUGGGGGAAGAGGGGGAGGGAGUGACGGAGUGUGGGGAGAGCGCCCUUUGUCCCCCCAACGCCUGCCUCAACGGGGGCACCUGCGCCCGUGCCCCCUCACGCUGGUCCUGCCUCUGCCCCCCAGGUUUCGAAGGUACGUUCUGCGAGCUUCGCGCGUGCCGAGGCUCGCCCUGCCAGAGAGGACAGUGCGUGGCGCCCAACGACGUACGCCCCUUGGAGGACGGGCAGCUCCAGGUUCUCAUCCCAGGGCAACGCGAACACCAACUGCAGGAGCGAGGGGCACGACGCAAGAGGGAACAGCGUACACUAGUCACUGCUUUGCUAGGGCAUCAAGGUGAUGCGUUGGAAGGAUCGAGUGAAGUUCCUCCAUAUGAAGGCAGUACUGAAAUCGAACUCGACAGCAACAAGCAUCCUGUGAGUCAUUUCCGAGAGCGCCAAUUUGGAAAUCGAAAUGCUGGAUACGGUCUCGGUUCGAAAGGCUCUGAAAAUGACGAAAAGAGAGAAUCUACAGGUGAUUACGAUACACAAGACGCGAACAAAUCGAGUAAGGAACAGAAAUCUCGCUUAUACGAUUCUGAAAGUCAGCUGCAGCUUCACGGCAAUGACAGUUCGGAAGAAAUAUCAUCGGAGGAAUCCACAAUGACUGAGAAGAGGGCAAAGAUGGCACGGCUAAAACCCUCUGUGAAUCCUUAUGUUGACUUGGAUUUCUUCCAUGCUCAUGGUAACCAUACCCAGGACAUCUCAGAAGAUGCCACUGAGGAAUGGUACCAGCAGCAGCUCUUCCAGCAGCCUCCUCCUACCACACAGAGCGUACCAACGACCUCGGCUGAAGAGGCAAACCUGUGCCUCUGUCCCAGUGGAUACCACGGGCGCUUCUGUGAGGUGCCUGACCAGCGCAGGAGAAAACUCACCAAUAAAUUCACUGCUGGCUUGACAGGAAGUCAGCCGCUGUGGCCACGUUACUCAGGCUCGGUCACUGCAGGCUACAGCUCCUACUCGGCCUACAGGCUGCCCUUUGACACCCGACACAGCCUCUACCUUAGACUUCACUUCCGCACGUGGCAGACGCAGCAGCUAGGACUGCUGCUGCUGUUGGGUGGAGCCUCCACGGCAGCUCGCAAAGACUUCGUGUGUCUUGCCCUGGUGCAGGGACACGUCAUGCUCACGUGGGACGUAGGUGGAGGUCCACGACGUGUUGUGUCGCCCCGCCCCCUGGACGCCAGUCUGCACACACACUCCGUGCUGGUCGGACGUCGCGGCAAGCACGCCUGGCUGGCAGUCGACGCUCAGGCCAACGUCAGCGGAACGGCGCCCGGCUACCUCUCAUCCCUGGACACCGACAAUAUCAUGUUUGUCGGUGGCCACGAGUCCUGGGAGCUGCACAAGCUUCCGGCAGAUCUCUGGAGACUGGAAGGCUUCCGGGGAUGCGUUUAUGACAUCCGCGUCUCUCAGCAUCCGCACUUCCACACUCUAGACCGUCGCCGCCAGUCUUCGAGUGGCCACGAUGUGUCCACUUCCUUAGUUGGGGACGCGGCGGGGCACAAGGAGGAAGCUCGCUGGAUGAAGCCAACGUUCGUGAGGUCGCGAAACGUGGCGCAGUGUGCGGACGAUGCUUGUGCGAUGCAUCAGUGCCAACAUGGUGCUACUUGCGUUGAUCUCGGUGCUACGUACUGGUGCAUCUGCCCUAUAGGGUACAAAGGUGCCCUAUGCGACUUACCCAGCCACGUGUGCCCCAGUGACGCUCCCGUGGGGACUCCCAAUUGUGCUCCUGGGUCGUCAUGUGUUGCCUCUAAUGAAUAUCCCGGCGACUACGAGUGCAUCUGCCCCUUCGGCAAAACUGGACCGCUGUGCGACGUUGUUCAAGAUGUGGCCCAAUCACCCAUCCCGAAGUUCCGAGGUCGUCGCUCCUACCUGACCGUGGCACCUGUGGGGUCCUUGCGACGCGUGUGCCAUGCGUCCAUCGCCUUCAGACCCGACAAUUCUUCAGGCCUCAUAUUCUACGCGUCAGGACCCACCACACUCGCCCCGGGCCCAACCACGGGUCGUGCAGUUCCAGACUUCAUGGCACUGUCCCUCAAUAAUGGCUCUCUCAGCCUGUCAUAUAAGCUCGGCCAAGCUGGCAGGAGCGGCAUCGUCCAAUCUGCCAAAAAAAUUAAGCUCAACGAGUGGAACUCCGUGACGUUCAGGCGGAAGGGAACACAAGCCGAUCUAAUAUUCGACGGUGAAAUCCACAAAUCCGCUGAUAACGUGGACGCACCUGACUAUGAUCCCCCGCGAGGAUUACGUGAACAAUCAACGGAAAAUCACGCUCCUGCAGUAUCAACAACUACUUUGUUCUCCAACGGCUCGGCAUCGUCGGUGUCGCGAGUGAGGAAGACACGCAAGAUUCAAGACAAUCCUGAUGCCUACAUGGAAGUGGGGGAUGAAAUUUUUAUUGGCGGGGUGCCGGAUAUGACGAUCAUCCCGGACUCUGUUGGGCCUCUCGCGUCCCGUCAGUCAUACCAGGGCUGCAUUGGGGAGGUGAUCGUGAAUGGAGCGCUGUAUAAGUUAGACCGCGAAGGAGGCCCCCUGGGGGUUGUCAGAGGGCAAGGGCUGGUCUCCUGUGAGGACCAAACCCCUUUAAUAUGUGGCCCCGCCACCUGCCUCAACGGGGGAAAAUGCCUCCUGAAGAGUGACAGCUCUGCUGAUCCCCAAAUCCCUCCAGCUUUCACCCCCAACGCGUCGGGUUCAACGGGGGCUUCUACUUCGACCGGUCAGGCAGUGUGCGACUGCCCUGCGUCGUUCAGCGGUGGUCGGUGUGAAGUGGCCGAAGCUUGCUCCCCCUCCCCGUGCAUGGCUGGAGGGACCUGCGUCCCCUCCGUCCCCUCCAUCCACUCCGGUCCCUCCGUCCCCUCCCGCAAGAAGCGUUGGGCCCGAGCAUCAUCUACGUCUACGGGAUCACAUUCUCCUAAUCCUCAAGCCAGAAGAUCGGAGUUUUCUGAGCCCUUAGUUACGGGAUACGAAUCUUUAGAUUCAUUCGAUUCGUGGUACGAUGAUAUGCAAUCGGAGUCUGAUUUUUCUACAAGCAAAAGCUCGUCCUUCAUCUUAUCACAAAAUCCUGAAUCUCUAAACAAAAAUGCCCCGAAAAGCAUGCAUGCCGUUAAUAAAAGAUCAGCAGGCCAUUUAGAAUCCAUAGAAAACAGAAAAAUUCGAUCAGCGAAGAGAAGAAGUCGUGACAUCGCUGAUGAUAUGAAUGGUAGCUCCUACCGCUGCUUGUGUCCUCCUGGAAGAGUGGGCCGCUUGUGCGAGAGAGCAUCGCGUGGGCAAACUGCCGCCAAGUUCAGCGGGCAGAGCUUCGCCCGUCAAGGCCCAGGGGCAGCCAACGCCCCAGCCGACACCCGCCGUGAUGACUUGUCCCUCAACGUGUCAACUUCGUCCCCUCACGGCCUCCUGCUGUGGCGGGGACCUGUGGGGGAGGCCAGGAGUCAGGACUGGGUGGGGGUCGGUGUUUAUGGAGGUGCCGUGAGGGUCGUUUGGACCCUUGGUGGGGGUAAGCCCAGCUCCCUCACAUCUCAUGUCCGGGUGGACGAUGGACGAUGGCACAGCGUGGUGGUGGCGAGGGACGGUUCGUCCUUGUCGUUAUACGUGGACGGCAACCUGUCCCAAAAGACAGGCCCUGUCAACUUCACUCGACGAGACGGGCCCGCUACCGUCUACAUCGGAGGUCUGGACGAAGUGGCUGUAGCCUCGGCGACGGAGGGCCUCUUUCUAUCUUCCUUCAAUGGCUGCUUGCGCGACGUUAGGUUGCACGCCGGGGCGCCCCUGCUGAUCUUCGACGACGUUACUCACGGCGCCGAUCUGCAGCUCUGCGUCAGAUAGCACCGAAGACGCCUGCCACCUGGCCAGACUGCGUCUGCAGCGUAACUUUAUGAGUGACAAGUGCUUUCGCUCAGAAUUAUUUCAAAUUGUGUAGUGCCAGAUUUUUUAUUGACUCUUUAAGAUACUUGAAUUUUAAUUGUAUAUGACUGUCGUGUCGCUCCGGGCCAGGCGUUGAUUGAUUUAUUGUAAGUAGAAGAGAUUUUAAGCUGCUAGGAAAUUUGAUAACUGCUAAGAAAUUGACGACUGCUAAGAAAUUUGACAACUGCUAAGAAAAUCGACGACUGCCAAGAAAAUUGACGACUGCCAAGAAAUUUGGCGACUGCAAAGAAAUUUGGCCACUGCUAAGAAAUUUGACGACUGUUAAGAAAUUUGGCGACUGCUAAGGAAUUUGACGACUGCUGAGAAAUUUGACGACUGCUUAAAAAAUUGAAGACUGCUAAAAAUUUUUUAUAGCUGCUAGAAAAGUUCACAGCUGUUUUUAAAAAAGAUAGCAACACGAAGCAGAAAGUAAUUGUGUGUGAAAAUACAUUGUUGUCAAGAUAGCAGUCACAGUUGAUUGCGUGCUUACGAGUUUCAACAGGUGCAGUCGCUAGUCUUGUCGAUCAAUACAUUCUUCCUAUUGUUAGCAUUACUUUUCCAAAAUAUUCGUUUUACGCAUAAACAUGUUUUGUUCUCUUUGGUCAAUAUAGGUAGACUCUAUAGAAUCUUUGUUUGUAGAAUUAAGUCCAUGUAUAUACAUACCAACCAUCAGCUUAAAAUUGAUGGGUCAUCCGCAAUGUUUUAAUUAAAUCGUCGUCAUGUGCGUAGAUUUUAGCUUCUGUUGCGAUUUUCUACAAGUGCCCAAAAUACGAAAAGAUUCUUGUUGUAUGUGAGUUUUUAUUCCGUUUCAAUUGUUCUGAUGUUGCCUAGAAUUAUUUGCUGUUACAAUUUUUCUCUUGAGUUAAGAUUUGUGCCUAAAGCUAUCCAGUCACUGCCUUUGUAUAAUACAGACCCUAUCUGUAUACAACAGUCUAUCUGUAUACAAUAGUGGCUAUCCGUAAACAGUACAGCCACUGUUUGUAUAGUAUAGUCGCAAAUUGUAUACAGUACAGUCGCUAUCUGCAUACAAUAGUCGCUAUCUGUAUACCAUACAGUCGCUGUCUGUAUACAAUACAACGAUGA